UAAAUUACACAUUUCAUUCAUGAUUGAACCUGAGGUAGUUGAACAUCACUAAUGUUUGGUUUGUAUGUCAUCAGAUGAUUCUCAGUUUGCCAUCAGUGAAUCCACAUAGAGUCCAGAGUUCAUCCAGGAGCUUCUUCCAUCUGCGGAGCGAACGGCUCUCCUCUAUAAUCUGUCAUUCUUGUGUCUGGGAGGCUUCCCAAAGCUGGAACGUAUGAUCAGAGACCAAGCUAUUGAAACACAAAUGCUGUUCGGAACCUCUGAGGCUGUUCUGCUGAAGUGUGCCGGCACGAGUUCCAACCUGGUCACCUCGCUGUUCCCAAAACUGAUAAAAGCUGUUAAGAGGAACAGACCCAGACUGGCUGUGACGUACCUGGAGAAAGCCAGAACAUGGAUCAUGGACAUCAUCAGAGCUGUGGAUGACAUGGUGACGAGGUGAAAACAUUUAUGAAGUUUUUCAAAACAAACAAUCAAUUUUCUUAUCAGUACACAGUGAACAAUUAUUUUCUUGGCUUUUACUCACAUGUAAACAUUGAUCAGCUCAACCUAACCUGAAUGACGCACAAGAUCAAAUCUUGUGCUUAAAAAGCAAUAGAGUCUCUUCAGAAAAUUUGGACUAAACCACUUGAUUCAUAUAGAUUAGUCCGAUCUCUUUUUGAGACAUCAAAGAUCAAGUUGCAAAGGGAGUGAAUGGAAGGACAGGAUGCUGUCAGAUUUUAUCAAAAAAGAUCUUCAUUUGUGUUCCGAAGAUGAAAGAAAAUCUUACAAGUUUGGAACGAGUAAUUAAUGGCUGAAUUUUCAUUUUGGGGUGAACUAACUCUGAAUUUACUGACAGACUGGGAAGAGAGAAGCAGCAACAAUGAAGAGUAUAGGAAAAAUAAUGAGCAUUCAAACCUGUUCUAGUAGAGCCCAAAAACAAUAUCAAGACUGUGUAAAAGGGCAGAAUAGGUCCUCUUAAAGAAAAUUGUUCAGAGUCUGUGUUGUUGUGUUUGUGAAAUCCAGACUAUAUCACUGUACAUGCACCCUAUUUUUCAGGUAUGAUCAACAAACCAAAAGUGUGGGGAAUUGCACCAGUGAUGUGUUUAAAGAACAGAAGGAGACUGGAACCAAAUUAAAUGAACACACUGUCGAGAUGAAGGCUCUGGAGGAUGCUUUGGCCAAGCUUGAACUGGAGCUGAACAAAAAUGUCAAAGAUAUGGAGGAUAUUGAGAAAAGAAUUGAAAAAAGCACCCAAGAGCUGCUUUAUCUGAUCAUAAAUAAUAGAAAUUACCGUUAUUCUUUUUUAUGGGGCUUGUUCUCAUUUAAUCGACACUAUAAUGAUGCUGCUAUUCUUGCUAAACAAGCCGAACUGAACAGUCUCGUCCUUGAAAAGAACAGUCUGAGAAUCCAAGCGUGGAACAUCAAAAUCAAACGGACUGAUCUUCAGUUGGCCAAUUGCAAAUUACAACAGAGUAUGAUUCCCAAUCCUGUCCACCUGAAGGAAGUGCAGAGGUGUCUUGAUCAAAUCCGACAAAUUCUGGUUGAUUUUAAAAAGUUCUGGGAGAAAGUGUCUGUUACGCUGGGCACACUGAAAGACAAGACCUUUGUUGGGGAGGAACUGAUUGAUGACCUGAAACACACGAAGAAGGAGUUUCUGGACUCCAUUGAUGACGCAAAAAUGGACUGGAAGAGAUUUGGUGUAUGCUGUCAGAGAGCACAGGGCAUCUUCAGCGCUCAGUCUAAGACUGCAUAUAAAUUCCUGGAGAUCAAUCCGUCUUCAUUCUCAGAGGCUGAAAGGAUUACGCAGUAUGAGUCCGUCAUGGAGAAGCUGAAGAAGAUCAAUCCUCAGGGCUCCUGAGUGACAGAGAUCUGAUGCUUCCAUUCACACUUUAAACGCUCUUUAUAAGGCAUACACACAUUAAUGCAUAGAGCUUAUCUUGUCAUUUUUGUAAUGCUUUGUAAUCAUUCUUUCAAUUACUGUUCAACAUACAUAUACUUUACUGAGUGUUUGUUAGGAAUAUUAUUCCCCUAUUCUAUGUCUCAAUUUAUGAAUAUCUCUCUUAAAAUUGCUUUGCAUUUCAUUAUGGUUUAUAGAUCUUGUGGUGGGUCUGGUCACAUGACUGAUGUCUAUGUCACACAAUAAAGACUAAAGACAUUAAA